UCUUCGCUGUUUCCGUACACAAUGCCUCAGCUGAUGACGUGUACCCACGACAGUUAGCUAGUUUAGCUAUUUAUCGAAAUAAUAGCGGCAUAAAUUAAAUUAAUAUCACAUUGUAGUUAAACUAACGGUAAAAUACAGAAGAUGGAGGUGAUUUACCAUCAGACAAACAAGCAAAUCCAGGAGGUGCAGUCGUUUAUGGGACAUCUGGAGAAGACAGACCGCCAGUCAGUACACUUGUUGGAGAACGAGCUGCAAGACAGAAUCGACCGUAUCUUCAAUCACUUAGAACGUCUUGAAAUCCUAGCUGGCAAAGAACCACCGAAUCGCCGACAGAAUGCCAAAUUGCGAGUGGACCAGCUUAAAUAUGACGUUCAGCACCUCCAAACAGCGUUACGGAAUUUUCAGCACCGGCGCCACACCAGAGAGGCCCAGGAGAGAGAGCGUGAGGAACUCAUGAGCCAUACCUUCACCACCAAUGAUGCAGAUACCUCAAUCCCCAUAGACGAGACCCUACAGCUCAACUCCAGCUUGCACAACGCACACAGAGGCAUGGAUGACCUCCUGGGCAGCGGCAGCAGCAUCCUGAACGGCCUCAGAGAUCAGAGGGCAACACUGAAGGGGACACAUAAGAAGAUAUUGGAUGUGGCCAAUAUGUUGGGGCUGUCCAAUACAGUGAUGAGAUUUAUUGAAAGGCGAGCCACUCAGGAUAAAUUCAUCAUGAUUGGAGGGAUGCUGCUGACCUGUCUCUUCAUGUUCCUGGUUAUCAGAUACCUUGGCUGACCACGAUCCAUCUGCAAAUAUCAGUAUUGAAUGGUCCUGGAAAUUCCUACAUCUGACCCUUCAGA